AUGGUUUCUCCGCUGAACUCCAUAUCGUCUUCGCAGCUUCAACAUAGUCAAUUCCCUCUCAGCGAGACAGAUGCCGGCUUAACGAGGCAUUUUUUGCGAGUAUUAUCUCCUUGGUUUGAUUACUGUGACCCACGGCGGCAGUUUAUCAACGAGGUCUCUGGGCGCCUAUCUUGCUCGGAAGCAUUGCUAAAAGCCGUUCUUGCUGUCUCCGCGCAGCAUCUCAGUGCAUUUGGACAGUUUGACCCCAAUGUAUCGGACAGGUACUAUCGGACUGCAUUGGAAAAUCUCACUUCGGUAACAUCAGCCAGCCACGUGGCUUUGAACGAGGAGAUGCUCGCAGCAACAGUCAUUCUUCGCCUUCGUGCCGAGUUCGAGGACCGCCGACUAAUGACACGCACAGUUCCAUUACCUGGAAUCGACAAUCAAUAUUACCUCGUGGGAACGCAAACUCUCCUCGAAGAGUACAGGACUUUCCACACUUUAUCCGAAUUCCAAAUUGCGCUAGCAUGGAUUGGUCUCCGGCAAGAACUUCGAGUCGCGGUGAUGGCCCAACGACCCGUCUGCUUCCCCCUGGACUGCCUUUACAUAGAUUGGAACUCGACGCCAAAGCAUGACGCAGAAUGGGCGCAACGAAUGAUGCUCCACCUUGCCGAGGUUCUUAAUUAUUGCUACGGGACGGCAGCCAAGAUAGAGACGUACAAGAUACUUACUGCAAGAUCGCAGGAGUGGAGAGAGUCGAAACCUCCAUCAUUCACACCGCUGUUUUCGCAGCCGUCCGAUGAGACCACUCGGUUUCCGCGUUGUGAGUUUGUCAACAAUGCAGUUGGUAAGAAGUACCUGUGA